CUUUGAGAAUUUUUUCACGCCUUUCAGUGGAUUAUUUGACUUUUUGACCGUCACGAGGCGCGACAGUCGGGGAAAGUAGAUCGUGCUUUUAGGGGCUCAGUUUUACAUCCAAAAUACGCUUAAAAUGAGUUCGAGGGGACGCAGGAAGGUUACUCGCAAAACUUCCGUGAUCAGCGUAAAGAUCAACGAGAACAAUGAGAUUGAGUGUAUGGAGAUGGAUGAGAAUUCUCAGGAUACGCAGGAUUCGCAGUAUCUUGAACUCUCCAGUGAACCCCCGAGUCCAGCUGUAAAUGAUCCAAAUCAUCUUCUGGUUGAUCUGCAUGAGGAAACGGUGGUGGAACAUGUUUGUGGGAAGUGCGGAAAAAUCUACAGAUCCCUAUCUGCCCUUAAAAAUCAUCUUGAACGAUGCCGUUCCGUAGACUACGAUAACUACCAGGAAGAUGAAGCAAGUCAAAAAGAUGAGGAUUCUGCAGAUGAUUCAAUGCUGAAUGAGGACUCUCAAGGAUUUGAUGUGGUUCAGGUUAAGGAGGAAGAUGAUAACAGUAUCACAGUCGAAAAUUAUCAAAUAACGCCAUCUGUCUUCAAGAAACCUCUUCCGCCGAAAAAGGAAUCCCCAAAGAAGGUCCGAGCCAAGAAAGUUCCCCGAGAGAAAGGGAAGAAUGUCUCGAAGAAAUUGUGCUACUGCUGCGAUGAAGAUCUCGCCUCAGCUCAUAUGGGUCACAUAAAAUGUAAGCAGUGCCCGAAAUCCUUUAAAGGACACAAGAAUUUGGCUAAACACAUAUCAAUGCUCCACUCUCCUAUAACAUACUUCCCAUGCACCUUGUGCAAGGCUACGUGUCCAAAUCAAGAAAUCCUUGAUUUGCACAUUGAAGCCCACAAGACUGGCAAACCCUUCUCGUGCCAGAAGUGUGGCAAAGAUUUUACGCGUAAAUACCACUUGGAGCGCCAUUUGACGCACACAGGAUGUGAUCGUGCGCGCCCCAAGGUGGAGCUUCCAUGCGAAGUGUGUGGAAAAGUAUUUUCACGGAUUGAUAAUCUAAGGGAGCACCUCAGGGGUCAUAUGGGGCAGACACUGCGUCGAAAGGACUAUCAAUGCCCACACUGUGAGAAAGCCUUCUACGGGUUAUCUCUGCUGAAUAUUCACAUUCGUACGCACACAGGGGAGCGACCCUUUGCCUGUGAUCUCUGCCCCAAAUCUUUCCCAUCGAAUGGGGCACUACGGAAGCACCGUAGGAUGCAUACAGGCGAGAAACCCUACGAAUGCAAAACGUGCUCUGCUCGAUUUUCCGCCAAGGAGACGCUAAAUCGUCACGUGAAAAUUCACACGGGUGAUCGACCCCACAAGUGCGAUAUCUGCGGCAACAGCUUCAUUCAGGCCACCCAAUUGCGUGCCCACAUGUUCCAUCACACGGGCGAGCAUGGAUUUCAGUGUAAAUACUGCAAGAAGUCCUUCAAUCGAAAAGCAAGGCUUGUAUCGCACAUAAAAUACACGCACGAAGGUCAAACACCAUUUGAAUGUGCUGAAUGUGGUAGGACGUAUUUGAGGAAGGAGGAGCUCGUUCGUCACAUGGAGAUGCACAAUGGGAUAAAGAACUACAUUUGUGAGACAUGCAACAAGAGAUUCACCACGAGGACAGCCCUCAACUCACACCUGCAUAUCCAUCAGCCAGUUGAACCGUCAGCAUGCAGUGAGUGCGGAAAGGUCUUCAUUCGCGUGGACUGCUUGUUGCGUCAUAUGAAGUCAAAGCAUCGAAGUGCCGUCGAGGAGAUUCUCAUAAAUGCAGAAAAGAAGAAGAUUAAUGAUCGUAUUCGGGAGCUUGGGGUUGUCAUUGAGAAUGUCCCAAUUGUCUUUGCCAAUGAGGACGAUGACUUCGAUGGGACAACGUAUAUAAUUGAAGAAGUUCCCGAAAUCGCAACACAGGAAACACUCGAAGUUAUUCCCUACAAUGAAGAGGGGAAUGAUGAAGAUCAGACAAUCAUAAAGGUGGAAGAUAAGCCAAAAGAACGGAGAGUAGCAACAUCGCAAAGGAAGCAAAGGGCUCAGAGGAAGGUAGCAAAGCGGGCAGAUGUGAAAGAUGAACUGAGCGAUGAGAGUAUCUUCAUGAGUGAUGAAGCUCUCAAGGAGAGUAUUACAAAACUCCUCAGUACCCUCAUUAAUGCAGACACACUCAAGAAUCUCGGAUGGCCAGAUGAGCCAGUUGAGAAUGUCCUGAGCGCCCUCAUUCGGCAAUGUGGGCAUACACCAUCAGACUACACAGAUUGUGUGGACUACACAUCCAAAAUGCGCGAAAAUGCAAAGAUUCUAUUCACAGUUGUGAUUGAGAAUGAUGUGAUCAAGUCAAUGCUCAACAAUCACACUGUGGAUGAAGUUAUCAAAAAAGUUCUUAAACUGGCAAAGGGCUCUUCCUAAGCUAAGAAUUUUUUAACGAGUAAUUAUUGUAAAGGAUCCUAUUCGAGUUAAGGUUUGAAAGUACUAGUUUUUACAAUAUUUUCUAAAAACUAAUUUAGUAUCUAUCACUUUAGCUUCCGAAAGGUUCAAGGGAUUAAUGAUUAAGGAUUUUUUUUUGAUAAUAUUCUUUUUUAUAGUGUGGGAGGACAUAUUUUUUUCUUUAUUAUUGAAUUUUUAUUAGAAAAUAUAAGGA